AAAAAAUUGUUUCUGAUCAAUAAUCUCGUCGUAAACAGUUAAGAAACACAAGUCGUGUAUGUGUUGUUAUAGAUGUUUGAAGAAUUGUGUGUGACGAAAAUAAAACAUACGUCCAAUGAAACGUUCAUUUUUUUCGUUUAGUAAUUGAAGUAGUAAAUAUUAAACAACUCGCAUCCAUAAAAUGUAUUAUUAGACCAACAUGUGGAAUAUGUUGGCCAACACUCGAAAUUAAAGUAGCGGAGACAGUGUGCAGCACGAUGUAGUUCUUUUCUAGCUGAAAGGUUUUGUUUCAUAUAAAGCAUGGGCAGCAGUCACUUGCAUGUAGUUUGGGACAAUCAUAUCUCCAAUUUGCAAACAGUUCUCUACGAAUUCUACAAUCGUCAUAGCUUAGCUGACGUCACAAUAUCAUGCAAGGAUGGUUCUUUAAAAGCACACAAAAUAAUUUUAUCUGCCUGCAGCCCGUACUUUGAGACUGUCUUUCAGGAAAAUCCGUGUGAACAUCCUGUUGUGAUACUAAAAGAAAUUUCAUGUUAUGAGAUGCAAAUAUUACUUCAGCUUAUGUACCGUGGGUCCACUGAUGUUCUGGAAGAAGAUAUUUCUGAUAUCAUACAAACAGCAAAUGAACUUAAGGUAAAGGGAUUUGUUCAAGCUGCAGUGAAGAAUGUUACAGAAGACACAGACAGACUAGAAAACGAUUCUGGAAUGGACCAGCAUAAUUCAUCUACCAUGUUGCCCACUAAUGAUGAUCAUGAGUAUCAGGAUGAAUCUGACUUACAUGUUCUGAAAGACACAAGACAGAAUGGAGAAAAUUAUGGUUUAGAGGAUGAUGUGGAAGGUAUCAAUGGGCUUGUGGACACAAAUGACCAGGUUGACAACUCUACAAGUGAGGUGGAUCAGGAAAUAAUGGUAUCUUCACCAUAUUCAGUGGCAGAACUGAAAUGUAAAUCCAUGAAGCGCCAUCGGAGGAAAAAUGGUUUGAUAACUCGCAGAAAGGCUGUAGAGGUUCAGGAUUCUCUGUCACGGAGUUCAGAAGAUGAAAAGAUGCUUUGUGAUAGACAAAGAUCGAGACUGCCAAGCAAAAAUGAUGACUCUACAUUAAAUGCUUUAAAUGAUGUUGAUACUCCAUUGCAACCACAAUCAAAUUUUACCAAUAAAUCAGCUAUGAAAGAAUUGCGCUGUAAAUCUGUUGAUGACAAAUUUAUUCAUACAAUCCCUGAGAUCCAAAUAAAAGAAGAACAGCUAGGCGCAGUGGAUUAUAGUGUGGUGUCAACACACAGUGAUACAAGGAAUUAUAAGGAUACCUAUAAGGUGAAACAGAGUGUUUGUGACAAUCCUGUCAGUACCUAUCUCUCAUGCAGUGAUAUUUCUGAUGUUACAACAUUAAUAAGGAGAAGUGAGAUUGCAGCAAAGCCACAUGAAUGUGAAUACUGUGGUUUAUCAUUCAGUCGUGCGUCUCACCUUGCCAGACAUCGCCGUGUCCAUACUGGAGAAAGACCAUUUAUUUGUGUUUUGUGCCAACGAAAGUUUACUCGUCAAGAUAAACUUAGGCUGCAUGUGAUGAAAUACCAUGCUUUGGAUAUGAAAGAUAGGAAAUAUCAGAGUUACAUAUUAACACAAAAGGUUUCCAGUGGUGCAAAUAAUGCAGUAACAGAAGAUGAACUGCGAGAAAUAGGAAGGGGAGAGUCAUCGCUUCCAUUUGGAGAUACCAGCUAUUUAUCAUCACUUUCAUUUGGACAGCAGAAACAUACUGACUCAACAGUCAGUGCAGCAGAAACUUUAGACUCAAAUACAGAUGAACUGUUAUAUUCUGUAAGACAACUUGGGGAGUGUACUAUCCAGGCAGUGACUAAACAGGAAGUUAAUUCUUAAUGCAUACUGUACUCUGAACUUUUCAUAUAUUAAAUGUGAAUGUGACAGUUAAUACCAAAGAUGAUAGUGAUAGUGAAAGAUGUGAUUUUCUUUUCUUUUGGCCAUGGUUGAUUUAUUUUUUUAAUUUUAUUUGGCCUUUGGCAGUGUAACACUAUUUAGGCAUGUGGUUAUGAUUUGUCUUUAUUUCCUGUAUACUGCUUCAUUGUUACUUUUGUGUGUGUGUGUGUGUGUGUGUGUGUGUGUGUGUGUGUGUGUGUGUGUGUGUGUGCCCUCUUUCCUUCUGCAUGUGUCUGCUCUGUAAUGCUUUUUCUAUGAAGUAUUGUGACAAGAGAAGGUAUCAAAAACUAAAGGAAGUUAAUGAAGGUUUUGCAGAAGAUGUGUAAUCAAUACAUACAGGAAUGUAAACAGUUUGGCAAUGUAUGAAAUAUGGUGGUGGCUUUAAAAAUGAAAAGUGAUUCAGAUAAGGAAAACAUGGACACUCACAGGUGCCAUCAGCCUAGUUGCAUUGAUGGACUUUUAGAGAGGAAGUCUGCUCACCAUUAGAAAGUUAGCAAUUUAAACAGUAGCCUAAGUGCUGUGACUGGUGAAACAGAUGCCAUUAUUAGUAGUUUAUUUUUAUUGUGUGUUUUAUAAAUGUUGUGUUAUGAUAUGUUUUCACAUACUAAGCGUUGUUCUCAUGCAGAUUCAGUGAUUAUAAGUCAUACAAGGAUUACCCCUCCCCCACGCCCUUAAAAAAUGAAAAAAAAUAGGAACUAGUUUUUACAAGCUAUAUAUUUCCAAAUUGCUUACAAAACAACCUUCUCCCCUUCAAAAUACUCCUCUCCAUUACAACUAAUACAUUUGUCCCACCGAUCCUUCCUCUGUCCGAAACAUUUUUUGUAGUCAUCUUUAGAAAUGGCUGGCAGCUCCUCUCUGGUUUUUUCUUGACUUCUUCAGUGUUAUCAAAUUGGUGUUCUCCCAUCCCCUUUUAAUGUGUGGAAAUAAGAAAAAGUCGCUCAGGGCCAGGAAAGGUGAGUAAGGUGUAUAUGGGGUCUUUUUUGGUGAACACUGUUGCACAAUCUUCUUGAAACUUCCAAAUAAAACAUUUGGUGUUGAUAUGACCUGGGGGAACAAACUCUGAAUGAACUAUGCCCUUGUCAUCAAAAAAGCAAAUUGUUUUGAUGUUUGAUUUGACUUGACGACAUUUUUUUGGAUGGGGUGUCCAUGACAUCUUCCAUUGGCUUUGACUGUUGCUUUAUUUCUUGGUUGUAACCAUAGCACCAUGACUCAUUAUCAGUAAUGACCUUUGACAGAAAGUCGUAAUCAGUUUCAAGCUGUUGUUUCAAAGCAUGACAUGUUUCAACUCGACGUUUGUUUUGAUUGCCAGUCAGAAUCUAAGGAAUGAACUUGGCAGCAACCUUUUUCAUUCCCACAUCUUCCAUUAAAAAGUGCUGAACCGACCUCCAAAAUAGCCCACUAAUCUCUGACAGUUGGUCAAUUGUCUGUCGAUGGUCUGUGAGCACAGGCUCUUGAAUUUUUUCCAUAUUUCUGGUGAUUUGGGCAGUUGACAGACAUCCAGAAUGAGGUUUGUCAUCAAUCAACAUGUUGCCAUUUUUAAAUUGAGCAACCACUUUUACACUUGAGUUUUCAGUAGCCUCAUUAUGGUAAGCUGUUUCCUACAAUAAAACAGUUUCAGCAGCAUUUUUACCAAGUAGAAAAAAAAUUUUCACAGAUGCAAGUUGUUCACUUAAACUUGCCAUUAUAAAAAAUAAACAAGAAUGAAACAGUGCUAGCAAAAACAAUCACUGCAGGUGAACAGAACAAGCCAGGUUGACAACGCGGGGGCACUGAACUCGCAAUGAGUUGCGCUAUACACACGUAGUGGCAGAAGUACAUAUCACACAAGCUCCACUAGUCUGUGUUUUGGGUACCCCCAAGUAUAUCAAGAAACCCUUCUGGCCAGCACAGUUGGUUAAUUUUUAUCUAUUACCAACCAGCAUGGCCUUAUCACUUCCUUCUUAUAUGGGUAGCCUAACGGGCACAAGUGAAGCAGGCAGUCUGUGUGUUGGAUAAUACAACUGUAAAACAGUGAGUCUGAACCACCUACCGGGAAAUUGUACCUCUACAAAUUGGUUUUAUAUCACUUGCAUAUUUGCAUUUACAUCAUUUUAGCAGAUGAUGCUCUCUCAAAAUUGUCAUCUGUCAGCAGUUUUCAAGUAGGAGUAAAAUUUUAGUUCUCCAGUUCAUUAUUUUAUUUUGUCAAGAACCAUUCUUCCUUUAUUCCCUUCACUGAUUUCAUGUUACUCAGGUUAUAAGAAUAGUCUCAUGUAUUCAGACUGAAAAGUGUCCAUGAAAUUUCACAGUAACUGUACAAAACGGUCUGCAUUGCAUUUCUGAUAUAAUCUUUGCUUCAUCCAAAUACUGUGCCUCUGCAUCAUAACAUUAAAGUGAGACCUUUGCUGCCGGCCGGGGUGGCCGAGCGGUUGUAGGUGUUACAGCCUGGAACCGCGCGACUGCUACUGUCACAGGUUCGAAUCCUGCCUUGGGCAUGGAUGUGUGUGAUGUCCUUAGGUUAGUUAGGUUUAAGUAGUUCUAAGUUCUAGUGAACUGAUGACCUCAGAGCCAUUUGAACCAUUUUUAAGACCUUUGCUAUGACACAAAACUAUUGUGCCUUGGAAAGCUUAGGUAUUAUGUCUGCUAAGGCAUACUCUUUUCUUUCUUACUUGUAAGGAAACUAUAAUUUGUUAAUAUGCCAUAGUUAAACAUAACAUAAACUGCAAAUUGAUAUAUUGUAACUUUUGAGAAAAAUACUACUAAUUUAGUAUUGUCUAUUCAUUAGUGUUACUUCUUUAUAAAAGAUACUCAUUUCUUUAAGGUAUAUAAAGGU